AUGGCUGGGCUAGGUGCGGGCGGCGACUGCGGCUGCUACCGGGACGAAGGUGAAGACGACGUGCUCAAGGCGGCCGUGGAGGUGUUCGGGAAGCUAAAGGACCUCAAUUGCCCGGUGCUGGAGGGUCUUUAUAUCACAGAACCCAAAACCAUUCAGGAACUGCUGUGCAGUCCCUCGAAGUACCGCUUGGAAAUCCUGGAGUGGAUGUGUAUUCGGGUCUGCCCCUCCUGGCAGGAGAAGUUCAGCACACUACAGGGGGCCCCAGUCGAGGUGAAGAUCCAAGAGAUGGUGAGACUAGGCCAGGAGCUGAUGCUGUGUGGACUGGAUGACCAGGACCUCCUAAAGGGCCGGGCCUGUGCCCAGAAGCAGUUGCGCUUCAUGAACCAGCUGCUGGAUAGCGUCCAGAGCCUGACUGCCGCAUGCUUCAGCUGCUCCAGCAGUGUGAAGGAGCAGUUAGAGGACACCAGAGAGAAGAACGAGGCGCUUCUGGGGGAGCUCUUCUCCGGCCCCCGCCUGCAGACCCUCCUGAGUCCCGAGUGUGAGCCAUGGCCCCUGGACGUUCAGCCCUUCCUCGGGCAGCAAAACAGUGACUGGCAGAGGGCCUGUUCCUCUGUUGAGCUGGAGGAGGAGAAGGUGAUGGAGCUGGCCAGGCAGCUGCAGGAGAGUGUCGCCAAGCUGCAGGCGCUCAGGGUGGAGCACAAGCAAGACGGCGCCGUGAGCGGGGCCGACACCAGCACCCUGGACCAGAAGCUGCGCUUGGUCAUCUCUGACUUCCACCAGCUCGUUGUGGCUUUCCUCCAAGUCUACGACGACGAGCUGGGUGAGUGCUGCCGGCGCCCAGGCCCCUACCUCCACCCGUGUGGCCCCAUCGUCCAGGCCGUGUACCAGACCCUCACUUCGUGCAGCCAACUGCUGAGAGCUGUCAUGGAGGUCGCCGACACCUCAGCAGAAGCCGUGGAGAUGGCGAAGCGGCAGCAGGCCGAGCCCGUCUGGUGGAGCAGCAGCAGCAGCGCCCUCAUGAGUCUAGCCACAAAAAUGGAGGAACUAACUGAGAAAUACAAGAUCUUCAAUGACAGUCUGAAAGACGUGCAGUAGUCUGGGGGCAGGAAGCUCUGCCCUGAGGAGCAGGGGGGUGGGGGCGGGGGUGGCGCAGGGCCAGCCCCGACAGGAGAAGCAGUCACAGCCCCGUGCUCUGCGGGAGCAGCCCUGUCAUCCGCCUGGGACAGAAGGAGGAAGAGGGCAGACUUGAGCUGGACAGAAAGGGAAGCUCGGGUUCCAAGUCCGCCUCCCGACCUCCUCCUCCUCUCUGCUGUCUGGCUGAGGCUGAGGGGGCCGGGGCUCCCCACUGCUCAGUCCGCCCUUCUCCCCGUGAUGGUGCCCCAGGUCCCGGGCUAUGGGCUUCCUGCCGUCCCAGGCGGCCUUGGCCGUGCCCUCUCCCUCCCUAUUUGCCUCAAAGCAGCUCCCAUCGCUUCUGUUCCUGCCCCUGUCCCCACCUGGUGAAACUUGGGGACACAAAGCCCCAGAAGUCUCCACCUCACUGUGGCACCCGACUGCCGCACUGCCAUCUCCACUGUGACUGGCUUCGGGGUCCCACAUGAGGACUCCCUGCAGACCGUGGGCCCAGCCUCCGGCACCCAGCGCGUCUGAAAUCGAGGGGGCGGGGCACGUGUUUCCUCCUCCCUCCCCAGGGCUCCCUGCACUGGCCUGGGAAAUUCUUGCCAGUGGCCUGACUGGUUGUCCGGGAAGCUGCUCUCUGGGCUUCCCAGGGUGACCCAGUAUCUCCCUGAGCAGUGUGCCUGUCACGGCCACCUCCCUCCCUCCAAGCAUGGGAACAGGCACAACUGGUGGGGCCUCUGCCUCCCUCAGCCCAGUGGCAGGCCGGAAGGGACUCCUGGAGGGGCCUCCCUCUAAACUCGUGGCCCACUGCGCGGGCCCACCCCGGCUGCGAAGCUCACCUGCUCCCGCGCCUCCUCUUCCUCAGCCUCCCUGAGGCUGCUCCAGACGAGGAGGCUGCUGUGGGAGGAAGGACGGCUGGGCCUAGGGUCACCAUUGCCCAGUUGCACCAGCAGCUUCACAGUCCAGGGGACUCCUGAAGGCCUGUGGGAGGCAGGCCGCGGCCAGCAUCUUGGUUGCCUCCCCGUGGCCCUGGUGGGAGGCGGGGCCCGUGGGCACCCACCACCAAGGGCUGGCAUAUCUUGCCCCAGGACGAGAUCCUCAGGAUGGUGCCACCCACUUUCUGGCCAGGAAAGGGCCUUCUUGCUCUCUACUCCUCUUGAACGUGCCCUUUACCCUUGACUGAGCCAGGUGGGCUGGGAAGGCCCUAGAGCCUGGGUUGGGUGGCGCUGGGCUUCACAUCCAGUCCCGUGCUCCUGGGGCUGGGGGUGCUGCUGAGGCAGUCUCGUACCCCCACCCCUUCGUCACUUGGUGGGGUCGCCUUGGCUCAGUUGGAGCCCGCCUGACUUGCCAGGUCGGGCUUCGCCUCUCUUCCUCCUUCCUGGCAGCCUCUGCUAAGGGUCUCUUACAUACUAUGGGUCAUUGCACCUGUGAAACAGAUGCCAUCUCCCCUUCCUGGUGGGGACGAGCUUGUGAGACGUGUGAGCCAUAGCCAGGCAGCGCGGAGGCCACCCCAAGACCACUGCGGUGACACCCAGGUCCCAUCCUGAGCGCGCCCUUCCCUUUACUGGCUGAGCCUGGCUUGUGCAAGCACCUCUUUGCCACUCCUGGGCUCACUUUACCCUCACGAGGGGCCACUGGGUCCCCUGUGACCCAGGUGGAGCGGUGCGCUGGAGAGGAAGACUUGCCCCCUUGGUGGGAGGGGCCUCAGCUCGGUUGCUGUGUCCUGGCCCUGCUCAGACUUGGAAGCAAGGCUGGAUGGAAGGCUUGCGUUUGCUCCGCGUGCCUGUGAUGACACGUUCCUCCAGCCCACGGCUCAGCUUGUGGGGAGCCUUGCGUGUGGCCCGGGAGCCUGCUUUCCAAUCUGUAAACAUGGGGCGUAUGUCUCGGCAGCUGUGCGUGAGCGAGGGGGUGGCAAGCCGGCCGCACAGGUCCUGCGGCCUUAGGCCUCCUCGUUGCCCAACAGGCGGCUGGGGGCGGGCCAUGGCCACUGAUUAAAGGCCGCCUGGAGCAGCCUGUGUGGAGACAGGUGCCCAGCAGCCCAGGAGGCCGGCCAGCACCCGCCCCAGGUAAGCCGGCCAGCAGGGUUGGCGAGGGCAGCUGCCGGGAGCCCAGACACAGGUGGCCAGGUUGGGGAAGGCACUUGUGCACAAGGGAGAAGCCAGGGGAGGCUUGGCUGCCUGUUUCCUGACAGCUGGCCCAGGGUGCUGUGCCUGAGGCUCCUAGCUAAGGUGUCUCAGUGAAAAUGCUAUCCUGCGCUGGCACAUCCCUGGUCCCUGAUGACAUGGACCUGCCGCGCUUUGCCUCUUCUGUGCCUGGAGGCAGGCAGCAGAGGCCUCUGGGCUGGGAUCUGGGCACGUCAGGCCUACCUUUUGCUGUUUACUAGCUGGUAGCAGUGAUGGUGGCCAGGGAGGGACUGGGGCACAGAAUGGAGAGGGUGACGAGGCCCUAGGAGGCCUCACCCUCGACAAAGGGGUUGGAGCAGUGGCCAUGGGGUUGGCUGUGUGUGGCUGGGCCCAGGCAUCCCCAUCACUUUGGCCCU